GUAAAAAGUGGCUCAUGUGCUUUACUUAAAAAAAUUCGAUAUGAAAUUUGUUGUAGGUAACAUAAGCAAAUCAUCUGGACGGCUUGGAUGUUUAGUCUUCAAUGAAAAUGGACAUAAGUUUAAGACGCCUUUACUACUCCAAACAACUAAAGGAGGAAGCAUACCUUAUUUAAGUCGUGAAGUUUUCGAUUAUGUGAGUAAGGAUGUGCACGUACUACAAAUGUCGUUGGCUAACACGGACAGCAUGGCAGAGUCACUUAAAUUGUUUAAAGAUAGUGUUAGUGCUUAUGUAGGUUAUAAGCACUACCCAGUUUUAUUAAUGAUACGUGAUCCAUGUGAAAUUACGCCAAGUGGUUUUAAUGACAAAGAUAUGGUACCACUUUACACGAGAAGAGGUAAAGAGGCUCUAACAGCGACGCGGUAUAUGGAACUUGUUCAAUCGUUUGCACCUGAUUUGUUUACAGGAUUGAGUGAUGCUGAUACAAAUUUUAGUAGCGGUAAAAAAAGAGUACAGAAAUCUGUAGAUAGAACUGAACAGUUUAUGGAGGAUUGCUAUAAAAAGCAUUCGGAUGCACUAAAUCUGCAAAGUUGCACAGUUUUGGCACCUAUUGUCGGAGGUUAUAAUACAUACGCACGCACACAGUCCAUAAAGCAUGCACAUAUGAACGGCAAGAAUAUUGUAGGUGGGUAUUUACUAGAAGGAUUUCACAAUAAUGGUCUCACUGCCACAGAAAUACCCACAGUGGAAUUGUUAAAAGUUGUAACUCACUGCAUUAAAGAAAUGGAUGCUGAUAAACCUAAACUUAUGUCUGGCGCUUAUACACCUCUUGUUAUACUAGAACUAAUCCGUUUGGGUGUGGAUAUAUUUGAUACAUCGUACGCUUGUCUAGCUGCUGCAAACUACAAAGCUCUUGCGUUUAAUUAUAAUUUUGAUAACGUUAAAGAUCUUUCGAGUGCUUUUGUCGAUAUAACAGAUGAGAGCAUAAAAGAAGAUUUCACACCUCUAAUUUCUAAUUGUGAUUGCUUAGCAUGCCAGAAACACACACGUGCAUAUAUUCAUCACUUGUACAAAACAAGAGAGCUGCUUUGUUCUAUUUUAUUAAUGAUACAUAAUUUGCAUCAUUAUAUACAGUAUUUCGAAACCAUACGGACUUGCAUUGCAAAUGACAAUUUGGCAGAUUUAAUAAAUCUAAUCAAAUAUCAAAACUCUGAUCAUGAAAUUGACUAUAUUAUCUUGGAAAAUGUGAAAACUAUAGCAGCCAAAGGUUUUACACUGAACAGCAAUGAUAUUUGAAUACAAAUUUUAUUUUAGUAAAAAAUAUAUAAUUUCUA